AUGCUCUGUAUUUUGGAAAGGGUCGCCGGGACCUAUACUGGUGUUGUGGGCCGUGGGUCGAUUUCAAAACGACUCGGGUCAAAUGGAGCGGAAAUCUUCAGGGGUAUUUCUAGAGUAGCCCCUAAUGUAGUUGAAUAUUGGUUGGAAGCCACAGAGAGAAUAAUGGACGUCCUCGACUGCACUUCUGAGCAAAAACUAAAAGGUGCAGUAUCUUUACUGCAAGACGAGGCCUAUCAGUGGUGGCUUACCAUGAGAGAAGGUACUCAGGUCGACCGGUUAAUGUGGGAUUUCUUUAAGGCGGCAUUCCAAGGAAAGUAUGUGGGCGCAAGUUAUGUGGACGCCCAAAGAAGGGAAUUUUUGAGCUUGACCCAGGGGAAUAAAACUGUGGCAGAAUAUGAGGCAGAGUUCCUGCGACUGAGUCGCUAUGCUCAUGGGAUAGUGGCGACUGAAUAUGAACACUGUGUACGAUUCGAGGAUGGCCUCCGAGAUGAGUUACGAGUCUUGAUAGCUCUGCGUAGGGAGCGAGAUUUUGCUGCCCUAGUAUAA